UUCAAUAAAAGUUAAGAAAAACAACUGUUAAUUGCUUUCGGACUAACAAGUAUGCGGAACAGCUUUUAUAUUCUUUUAGCUAAACUAACGCUUCUGGUGUCGUGCAGUUCUAACGAUGUCGAAACGAGACUCAAAAAUGGUCAAAACGUAGACAAAGAUAUGUAUUCAUUUGUCGUUAAAAUUGAGUUGUCUGGAAAACAAGUUUGUACCGGUCUUCUAAUAGAUCAGCAAUGGAUAUUAACGUUAAGAAGAUGCAUUGACAAACGUUCCAUUGCAAAAUACAAAGUACAUAUAAAGGACGCAGAUACUGGAAAGUUCAUAAGUCGUAAACUAAAAAGAUCGAAGGAACUGGAUGAAAAGAACGCAAAAGUAAUUCUAUUAGAACUUGACAUAAUAAUUCAGACGAAAGUUUUGUCAACUAAUGAUUUAAAUGGUGGAAGCAUUGAUAAUAAAAAGGAAACCAGCUGCAUCGUAGUUGGAUUUACAAGCAACGGUAAUUCUCUGAAUAAAGUAAAAGUCGACGCAAAUUCACCAAAGAAAUGUUCUGGUGAAGCAUGCAAGAAGAAUUUACGCUUUGAUACUGUACAUGGCGCAGAUGUAUGUCAGAGUGAUAACGGAGCGCCAGUCUUUUGCAAAAUUGAAAGCAAAUGGUUUUUUACAGGGAUGGCCGUUGUGAAGAAAGGGUGUCAAAAGAAGGAUAUUUUGAUUGUUACACUAUCGCACUUAAGUCGGUCAAUAUCAAAGGCUCUCAAAGAAGAACGUAAGUUUAAUCUUCGUAUUAGUAUCCAUUGUUAUGUGAUGUAA